AUGGUGAAUGAUGAAGGAAGGCAUUACACUGUUUGCCUCCUAGAGAAAACUUGCAGUUGUGGGCGGUUCCAAGUUGACGAAUUACCAUGCCCACAUGCUUGGGCUGUCUUGAAAAGCAAGUUUCUAAUGCCGGAAAAUUAUUGCUCGGACUAUUACAAACCAAAUUCUGUUGUAAUGACAUACGAGGUACCGUUGUAUCCACUGCCUGACCGAAGUGAAUGGAAUAUACCAGCACAUACAUCAGAGGAAGUUGUCUUACCACCCAAAUGGAAAAGACCUCCUGGAAGGCCAAAGAAGAAGCACGAUAAGCCGUUAAGUGAAUUGUUUUAG